AUGCGCCCUACUGAACUGACAUCAGAUAUUGCCGUGAAUCUGGGAGAUCCCAUGUUCCGCGGACAGUACCAUGGCAAGCGAAAACACGAGGACGAUCUGGCGGCCGUGGUCCAGCGUGCUCACGACAACGGGGUGGAGCGCAUGCUACUCACCGGAACGAGCCUUGAAGAGUCCAAGCUGGUUCUGGAUCUUGCCAAGGAGUUUGACUACGACCGGCUAAAGUUCUCCGACAAGGAGACGCAGUUGAAGCACCUGCCUCGCCUUUUGCAGCUGUCCAAGAAGUACAACCUGCCGAUGUUCCUCCACGACCGCCAUCCGGAGGCCCAUGCUGAUCUCGUCCGACUUCUGAAGGAGGCUGGCUUUGACUCAACUUGGCCCGGUGGCGUCGUGCAUUCCUUCACAGGCACGGUUGAAGAGAUGCAGCAACUCCUGGACAUGGGUCUCUACAUCGGCGUCAACGGAUGCAGCUUGAAGACUGAGGAAAACCUGCAGGUCGUCAAGGCUAUCCCUCUCGACAGGCUAAUGCUUGAGACCGACGCGCCGUGGUGCUCUAUCACGACGACUCAUGCCAGUCACAAGUACGUCCCCAAGACGCUACCGGUUGAGAAGGUGAAACCCGAGAAGUUCCAGGAAGGCAAGGGCGCCAAAGGGCGGCAAGAGCCGAGUGACGUUGUCGUUGUUGCCAGCGUUGUUGCUGGGGUCAAGGGCGAGAGUGUCGAGGCCGUUGCUCAAGCGGCGUUCGACAAUUCGAUGAAGGUGUUCUGGCCGGAUAGAUCGUAG